GAAUGAAGAACUAUCAUAUGACCUCAUGAUAUCAUAUGAUAUCAUGUCAGAAAACGGGGAUCACUUUGAUAACGCCCAAAGGUUCAAAUAGACGUGCAUUUGGCGGAUAUCUUCGUUCUUUCUCCAUCGAACUCAGCCUAUUUCGAAUUUGUGUCAUCAAAGUCUAGCUUUAUCUUGCUUUUCCAACCUUUACCCCACCUAUACACCACCAUUGUCUUGUAAUCACUCGGCAACAAAUCAAUUCCACAAUCUAAGAUGUCUAACCCACAAUUACAAACCACCAAUGCCUUGGAAGUGCCCGCUGUUGAAGUUGAAGGACACAUGAACGCACUGUUUGAAAAUCCUUCUGAUGCAACUGGCGGGGAUGCUCCAGCCACCAGCAUCCAUCAAAACCCACUUUACCGGAUCAGUACCGCCAAUCGUAUCCAAUUCGAUAAACGACACGAGAUGUAUGUGCAGGUGAAGUUUAAAAUCCAUGCUGAAAAGGAAGUCGAAGUCACCCAGGCGACUUCGAUGAAGCAAUCCGGAAUGGCAACACGCGAGAUCCCUCCCCGAACCUAUGAAUAUUUGGCGAUCAUGAAGAAGGCCCGAGUGUUCCAUCAGGCCACCAAAGUCCACGAUCGAGUCAAGAUGCGCAGCUCUCAACUGCGACUUGACUUAUCUCCCACGUUUCACAGAUCGGGAGGAUCUAAGCAGUCCUUUUUUGACCUGCCAGCUCAACUGUUAUUUCAAAAACCAACCGGCUCCAAAAGAUGCGCCAGUUAUGCAGGUUUCUCUGAAGAUGACAAGAAGAAGGUGAAACUUGAACCAAUCUCUCCCUCUGGUUUGGGCAAAACAAUCUGUCUGUCUUCAGAUCCCCCGUCUGGUGCUUUUCCUUGGUCUCAAGAAUGUAAAGUCAAGAUUAAAACCAAACCAGGCUUGCCCUCAAAGGGUAUCACGAUUGUGAUCUCCUCAGAUCCCCCAUCACCUAGCCACAUCGACUCCUCUCAAGAUACCAAGAAAGGCAAUGAAACUCAAGGAGAUUAUGAAAUUUAUCGAUCCAAUACUCCUGGCGACUCAGAGGGCCAAGAUCGAGCUCAUGCUGAGGCCUUAGAGCGCUUUUUGAUUGAUUGCAAUGUUCCACCAAAAGACGAGACGACCAGGAUGAUCCUUGAACGUGCAGCUUUGCAUCUCGUCAGCGAAGCGAUGGACCGUGUCAAUGAACUCAAGAAGGAAACCGACGAGCUUCAAGAUGAAGAUUCUGGGGAUUCCAUUUCAAGUCGUCCCCAAUCCCCCGAAUUCUAAUCGCUCAUUCCAAUUCGGGGGAUGUGUCUCUUAGUAAAUCAUAACCCUGUCUUCCUAUUCGCUGCUCCACUCAUGUAUGUGCUUC